AUGGGCGACCGAUUCAACCGAUUUUUCUUCGCUCACAUGACGUUGAUCGGUGUGUACCCAAUCUACAAAGUGCUCUACAGCUUUGUGCCGUCGUCGUAUCGGAGCGUCGUGUUCGUCGCCUUCUCGGUCGACUUCUUUGGCACACUUUUCGUCUCUGUGUGCAUGUACACGUCCGGUUCGCUCUAUCUAUCGGGUCUGUUCAUCGUGGCUGACGUGGGGCAGUCGCUCCUGGAAUUUCGAGAAAUUCACGCGAAUGCCCAGCUCCUGAUGGGCUCACUGCAAGACCGACGCGCCUCUGAAAUCCGUCUCCGCACCAAAAGCAGCCGCCGAAUUAGCAUGUUGGACACUUACAGUGAGCUUCUCACGACGAUGACUGCAGUCGUCCAGGACCCGACGAAUUAUGAAGCCAACUCGCUACAACGUGCACGAGUGUACUGGGCGUUGGUGAAGUACGUGGACUGCGUCGUUCCGCUCGUGUUUGCAGUUUACAAGUUCACGCUCGUGCACCUGCCAAAUGCUCAAUAUUACCCGGAGAGCGAUACGCAAUGGGGAGGCUCUGCUUUCUCAAACCUUGUGGUGUUUGGGCUACUGGAAGUCGUCAUAUUCGUCGUCUUUAACGUCUUCUCGCAGACCAGGUUUUCCUUCUCUGCGCUGUACCAGCUCGCGUUUGUACUCGAGAGGCAGCUUUGUCCUGUGCAGGUGCAUCUCUUCGUUGCCCUUCUGCUCCUGCUGCAGUACGAGCUCUACCACUUCGGUGCUGAUUUUACUCUCGAAUUCGAGUGGCUCAAGGACACUCAGCAGUAG